AAUCUUCCCACUUACUGUUCCCACAGAUACCAAGGAAAAUUAAGUUGUGUGGGGCAUGGUGCGAGUAAAGUAUAUAGGAGAGAGAAAGGGGUUAAGAUAAAUAAACAAAUAAAAAGGGGUUAAAGUAGGAGAGAGAAAGGGAGUAAAAUUGAAUUAAUAAUGUAAUGGUGGACCAUAUGAUAGUGACAUGGGAGGGUAAAUAAGGAAAUUUGUUUUGCCAAAUAAGGAAUAAAGCAAAAGAGGGAAGAUCUUUUGGAAACACCCUUAAACGGAAAGAGGGAAGAUCUUUAGGAAACGGAGGGAUUAUAAUAUAAAAAAAUAUGCACAAAAAAAUAAAAAUUAUAUAUGUAAAUUAAGUAAAACAUGAUGGUAUAACUUAAAUAAGGGUUAAUGGUUAAAAAAAAAAAAACCGUACCAAAGUAACGGGUAACCGCUUAGGCAAUAACCGAUCUGAACGAUUACGGUUAUGGUUCAAAAAAAAGCGAACUGAAACUUUCGAUUACCUAACAGAAAUGUUGUUUCGGGACGGUCAACCAUAAACCACCAUAAACACCCCUACCCCUAACCCUAACCCUACCCUUACCCCCACCCAUUCACCUCCUAUGAAAUCCGCCUCGCUCUGUCAAAGUCCUAAACACAAAUUUACAUUAACAAACCCUCAAAAGACAAAUACAUUCACAAGGUAUUGUGGAUAAACACAAACACAGAGAAUAGGAGUAUUAUUGAAGAUGGCAGUAGAAAGGCAAAAAGAAGAAGAGAGAGAAGGGGUAGAGAUCUUCUGCGGCGCCGAUUUCAACGUCCUACCAGAAGAAUGCAUCGCAGCCAUCUUUACAUUCACGAAUCCUCGUGAUGCGUGCCGAUUCGAUUCCGUAUCUACAACCUUCAAGUCUGCUGCUGAUUCGGAUCUUGUCUGGGAACAUUUUCUGCCAUCCGAUUACCGUCAGAUUCUUGCUCGAUCCAACGAUGGUCAGGCCCUUUUAGAUUCUCUCUCCAAAAAACAACUCUUUUUGCAUCUUGCUCAUACUCCUCUCCUCAUUGACGGGGGUAUUCUGAGCUUCUCGCUGGAGAAAUCAACUGGCAAAAAGUGUUACACAAUUGGUGCGAGAAAUUUAUCCAUCUCAUGGGGUGAUACACCAACUUACUGGCAAUGGAAUUCAAUGCCUAAGUCAAGCAGGUUUUCUGAAGUAGCAAAGCUCAUAUACGUUUGGUGGCUUGAAAUUCGAGGGAAAAUCAAGACAUCGAUGUUGUCACCAAACACACAUUAUGGUGUAUACCUUGUUUUCAAUGUUUCAGAGGACCUCUUUGGGUUAUAUGAUCUUCCGGUAAAGGUUGGAAUUAAAACCGGAGGAGGCGAAUUGGUAACUGGGAAUGUGUAUUUAGACCCAAGGCGAGCAGGUAUAAUCGACGAGACGUUAAUAAUGUACGCUGAGGUAUUUACAGAGAAAGAAGAUGAUGUAAAGCUUCCGAAGAAGAGAGGAAAUGAUUGGCUGGAGGUCGAAAUUGGGGAAUUAUUGACUACCGGAGAAGAUGAAGAUGUGGAGAUGUCAAUAUUAGAGGUGGAAGCUGGAAAGCCUAAAGGUGGUUUUUAUGUUGAUGGAAUUGAGAUUAGACCCAAAAUAAUUUAAGGUGAUAUGAAUAGUAUAAUUUAGUUUUUUUAGUACUUAUGUUCAAUUGCUUUCUUAGAACCUACAAUUGUGAUUUUCCUAAACAUAUUGCAGUAUUUGAUUCUGAUUUAUCUUUCCAGGGACAUUUUAAUUUGUCUUACCGGAUGUCAUUAUUUCAUUUUCACUUCACCAUAA